CAAGCAAGUGUGCCAAAGUUCUCUCACGCACUGAGGCAGUUUCUGAAGAUACUCGUAAGCAAGAAGUGCCUACGACAGGACACUGUUAUAGCUGAAUGUCUUACAAAGGUCAGUCUUGGGAACACAAUGACAACCAAGCAGCUCCCCUUAUCGCAGGAAACUCUGGCGCAGUUUAACCAGGCUUUGGCUGCAGAGAGUGGUGGUGUCCUGCGGACUCGGGCAGGCUCCAUUUCUACUCGCCGUAGCUCUCAAUCUGUGGACCUUCACCACCCCAAGCACCUACUGCACCUCAAGAGUGUGGAAGGAUCCCUUUCUGUCAUCCCUUCCCGCCGCAGCUCAGUCUUCAGCAACCUCAACCUCACCCGCAAGGAGUCCUUAUCUCUGGGCAAGCGGCUCUCGCUGGGACCCUGGAUGCUCAGUGGCCGGGUCAGCUUCUCUGGCCUGCCACUGUACCAGCCUGUCCAGGAGACUCAGUUCGAGAACACCUAUAAAACCCAUCCGGACGAGGGUUUCCGUUUUGAUGCCUGUAAGGUCCAGCAUCUCCUGGAGGCCACGCUAGCUGGCUUUCUGAGCGACACGCGGUACAACCCAGUUACCUGCGGACAACUAACCCAGAACCUUUCUGAUCUCAUCCAUAGCAAAGCCAAAGACCUUAACCCGCCCCGCUAUAAGCUGGUAUGCCAUGUCAUCCUAGGACAGCUCAACAACCAAGGCUUGAGGGUUGCCAGUCGCUGUCUGUGGGACUCAGACAAAGAUAACUUUGCAGUUGCAACUUUUCAAAACACCUCACUCUUUGCCGUGGCUAUGGUCCAUGGAUUGUAUUGUGAGUGAGAGCUAAAAAGUGUUGGCUUUUCCCCUAAAAAACAGAUUAUAGGGAAUCAAUUUGUUGGCCUCCAUAUUCUAAACUCGAGCAAUCUGGAUUCUGAUAUUUUCCCAGUGUAUAAAACAAUAUCAUAAUCAGUAUGUGUGUUUGUCUUUUUGUAUUGGACUUCAUAUAAGGAAUUUAGCUUUUAUUCUGCUGACUCUCCCUUCCAAAAGCUCCCUACUUCAUUUUGAAAGGUUUCAUUUGCUACCCCUAACCUGUCAGCCAAUCACAGCUAUUGUAAUCUUUAAACCAUCAGAAUGGUCUAAGGCUGCAGUGAAUAUGACAAACAGGAUGCUUGGUGCAUAGAAACAAAUCACUAGAGCUAAUAUUAUCAAUUAAUGCACUGGUUAGACCUGAUCUGCGGUGUACAUUAUUACUAGGAAGGAUGUAGUUGCCUUUUGUGUGGCAAAGCAAUUAGUUCCACAUAUAAGUUAAUCAUAGAGAAGGGUCCUUUUUAUGUCAUAAAAAUUAUUAUCUUCAUGCUGGUUUCAGUCUGAAUGUCUCUGGGCUAAGAAAUUAAAUUAACUGAUUAAAUCAGCCGGAGCCUGUCAAAAGCAGGAAAUUGGGUGAUUACUGUAAUUCAGGUGUACUUCGGUGUUAUGAUAAUGAAACUGAUGUCUUAAAUCAUGUUUUCUGAUUGUAUCUUUGUAAAACAUAGCAUAGCUUGUUUUUGUGUUAUAUGACUAUUCUUUUUACAGUUUUGUAUUUAUUAUAUGCACAGUACAUUUUUUUUUUUUUUACAUAAUAGAUUUUACAACAAGUAGGAUUUUUUCAAUUGUUUUAGUCAUGUAUGUUGAGUUUCAUUUAGAUCCAUGGUGGUGCUCUAUAUGAAAUAUUGUAUUGGUCCUCACAAUUAUGCCCACAACAAUUUUCGGGGUAAAAUCCAGACUUUGUUGACAGUUUGUUACUUGUUUGUUGGUACACCUUCUAUGCUUCUGUAAAUGCUUCUAACUACAUGAAGAGGAUAAAAAAUGAAACAUUGUAGGAGAUUAACUGCGCAGAUUUUCUUUCUCGACACUCAAAUUGAUCAGCAGAUACGGACGCUUUUGAUUUACACCAUUAAAUAUAUAUGCAAAACAAAUUAAAAAAUAACUUGAUUUAACUUCUUGGCACAAAGCUACACUACUGAUCCACUCUACUUUAAAGUACUUUUUAUUUUGAAAUAAAAAC